UAGUAGAUCGACAAAAAUAACGAUGGCGACUUCCAUGGGCAGCAGUAAAGCUACAGAGCUGUCUAAAGCUGAAUACCUCAAACGUUACUUAUCCGCUGACGAAGAUAAAACAAAGUCGAAGGGGAAACUUAAAAAGAAGCGGCGUAAGGUACCAGAGAAAGGACUGAAGAUAGUUGACGAUGACAUCGAUUGGAAACAAAUGGUCCAAGAAGAGAAAGAAAUUGAGGAGGAAGAGGAUGAAGCUCCAGUGAUUGCAGAGGUGAUUGAUGAUCGACCAGAGGAGGUAAAACAACUUGAAGCCUUUAGGACCAGUAAUAGAUGGAAAGUUAUUGGAGCUGAUGAAAAUGAGAACUCAGAGCAGGAACAAGGAAGAGACCCAGAACUUGAAGCACCAAGCAGGAGCCGCCAUGAUUCACCUGAGGUGUCAACAAAGGGAAGAAGACAUGACUCCCCUGUCAGAAAGACUCGACAUGACUCGCCAGAUGCUUCUCCCCCUAGAAGAAGUCGCCAUGAUUCACCAGAUGCUUCUCCUCCUAGAAGAAGUCGCCAUGAUUCACAAGAUGCUUCUCCUCCUAGAAGAAGUCGCCAUGAUUCGCCAGAUGCCUCUCCUCCCAGAAAAAGUCGCCGCAAUUCACCACACAUUUCCCCUCCAAGAAGGGGUCGCCAUGACUCACCAGACUUGUCAACUCCAAGGCAACGUUCAGGAAAAUCAGGGAAGAUGCAAGCAAGAGGUCAAAAAGGUUCACCUGAACGUCAUCGGUCACCGGGGGCAAAGAGGCCUCAGAGGAGGCAUGAUUCAGACUCGGAUCAGUCACCUCCACGAAAAAAAACAGUAAACAGAGAAGCGUCAGAUUCUGACCAGUCACCACCAAGAAGGAAAUCAAAAGUAAGACGAGGCUCAGAUUCUGACCAGUCUCCACCUAGGAGGAGACCGCAGGGUGGAAAGGUCUCUGAUGAAGACUUGUCACCACCUCGUAGGGCUGGCCAGUCACAGGGUCCAAGAAUGCUUUCUGGUGGCAAGGCAGGUCUGGUUUCUGCGGAAGUUCUGAGGAAAGAGCAAGAGGUGAACAGGCGUAGGGACAGGAACAAUCAACCACUAGAAGAUGAAUCCCGCAAUGCCCAGACUGUGUUCCGAGACAAGAGCGGUAAGAGAAGGGAUUUGGAGAUGGAGAGAGAAGAACAGAAGAAGAAAGCCGGAGAAAAAGCUGCAAAAGAUGAAAAAUACGCUCAGUGGGGGAAAGGGUUGGCCCAGAGCCAGAUGCAUCAGCAGAAACUUGAGGACGCCGUUCAUGAAGCCCAGAAGCCACUGGCACGUCACUGCGAUGAUGAAGAUCUGGACCGAAUGUUGAGAGAACAGGAAAGAGAGGGGGAUCCAAUGGCUGCCAUGCUCAGACGGAAAAAAGACCGCAAUUCAAAGUUGCAAGGUGUUAAAGAGAAACCUCGGUAUAAAGGUCCAGCCCCCCCUCCAAACCGUUUCAAUAUUCUCCCAGGCUAUCGUUGGGAUGGUGUUAACAGGUCAAAUGGUUUUGAACAGAAACGCUACAUGAGGAUUUCAGAUAAAAAAGCAGUCCAGGAGGCAGCUUACAAAUGGAGUGUGGAGGACAUGUAACAACAAACUUACAGUGAUGAUCAGGAGCCAAGUGGGACUGACUGUAAUUAGUAAAUAUGUUGUGUUAAUGUCGAGACAGAAUAAUCUGUACCAUUAAAUCAACUAUAGAUUAGACGUAUGGACUCAACAUAACUGGCAUUUAUACUGAGAAAGUCUCAGGCGGUUCUACAUUAUGAAAAGUGUGUAAAACAAUAAACUGAUAAACUACAGAUGUGAUUGUACAUAACAGUGAUGUGAUGGCAUCCAUAUGAUUUUGUAAUUAUUGAAUCAAUGUUGAGAGACAAACGUUUUUCACAGUUUUAUUAAAUGUUUUGUAUGAAAAA